AUGGUGGCCGCUCCCACCAGAGUGUCGCCAUUGGCGAUGCUCCUAGGAGCCAUCUUGUUACUCUCGUCGCACGUCUUGGCUGCCUCGGCCGUCAUGGGCGUCGACCUGGGAACUGAGUACAUCAAGGCGGCGCUGGUCAAGCCCGGCGUGCCGCUCGACAUCAUCUUGACCAAGGACUCGAGGCGCAAGGAGACGUCUGCCGUGGUCUUUAAGCCUUCCAAUGGCGGCAGCGGCUCCAACGUCGGCCAAUACCCUGAGAGGCUCUACGGAUCCGACGCCAUGGCCCUGGUCGCCAGGUUCCCCGGCGAGGUGUACCCGAACCUCAAGACGCUGCUGGGCCUUCCGGUCAACGACCCCACCGUCCGCGAGUACGCCGCCCGUCACCCGGCCCUGCAGCUCGAAGCCAACCCGACGCGCGGCACGGCCCAGUUCAAGAGCAGCAGCGUGGCCGCCGAAGAGGACUCCUGGACCGUCGAGGAGCUGCUGGCCAUGCAGCUGCAGAACAUCCAGAAGAACGCCGAGGCCGCGGCCGGCGACGGCUCCUCUGUGCGAUCCAUCGUCCUGACCGUGCCCCCCUUCUAUACGGCCGAGGAGAAGCGCGCCGUGCAGGCUGCCGCCAAGCUGGCUGGCCUCAACGUCCUGAGCCUGGUCAGCGACGGCCUCGCUGUCGGCCUCAACUACGCUACUAGCCGCCAGUUCCCCAACAUCAACGAUGGCGCCAAGCCCGAGUACCACAUGGUGUUCGACAUGGGCGCCGGCUCCACAAAGGCCUCAGUCAUCAAGUUCCAGAGCCGCAAGGUCAAGGACGUUGGCAAGUUCAACAAGACGGUCCAGGAGGCCCAGGUUAUGGGCGCCGGCUGGGACCGCACCCUCGGCGGUGACGCUCUCAACUACCUCAUCGUCGAUGAUAUGAUUUCCCAAUUCCUCGAGUCCAAGGGCGCCAAGAAGAUCUCUGCCACCGAGGCGGGCAUCCGCGCCCACGGGAGGGCCAUGGCCAAGCUCAACAAGGACGCCGAACGCGUACGUCACGUCCUGAGCGCCAACCAGAAUACGCAGGCCAGCUUCGAGGGCCUAUACGAGGACGUCGACUUCAAGUACAAGGUUUCCCGUACAGAGUUCGAAGCCAUGGCCGAGGCCUACGUUGACCGCAUCAACGUGGCCGUCCAGGAUGCGCUCAAGAUGUCUGGUCUCGACAUUGCCGAUCUCGACUCCGUCAUCCUCCACGGUGGUGCCACUCGCACUCCCUUCGUCCAGAAGGCCCUCGAGAAGACGUUUGGCUCCGCCGACAAGCUUCGCUCCAAUGUCAACUCGGACGAGGCUGCCGCCUUUGGUGCCGGCUUCCGUGCUGCCGGUCUCAGCCCCAGCUUCCGUGUCAAGGAUAUCCGCAUCUCCGAGGGCGCCUCCUACGCCGCCGGUAUGAAGUGGACGGCUGCGGGGAGCGGCAAGGAACAGACGCAGCGUCUCUGGUCCCCCAUCUCCCCCCUGGGCGGCCCUGCCAAGGAGUACACCUUCACUGAGGACAAGGACCUCACCCUCACCUUCUUCCAGCAGAUUGGCGAUGUCAAGAAGGACAUCAAGGCGAUCUCCACCAAGAACCUCACGGCGACCAUUGCCUUCAUCAAGGAGAAGCACCCCUCGUGCGUCGAGUCCGGGGUCUUCUUCCGUCUGGGCGCCAAGCUCAGCGGCGAGGAUGGCGAGGUUCAGAUUGUCAAGGCUGCCGCUGAGUGCGAGGCCGAGGCCAAGGAAGGCUUUGUCGAUGGCGUCAAGAACCUGUUCGGAUUCGGCAAGAAGGAUCAGGAGCAUCUGGAGGACAGCACCGAGACGGAGACGGUUGUCGGAUCUGAGGAUAAGCCUGGAGAGAGCUCAACCGCCACUUCCUCUUCCAAGGCUGAUGCCACCAAGUCCUCCACCGCCGAUGCCGCCAAGUCGUCGACGACGGCCGGCUCUACGGAGGAGGCGAAGAAGACGGAAACUGUCUCCAUACCGAUUGAGUUUACGGUGGAGAAGCUAGGCACGCCCGAGCUUUCCAAGGAGCAGCAUAUCAAGGCCAAGGACCGCCUCAAGGCAUUUGCGGCGUCUGACAAGGCCCGCAUCCAGCGAGAGGAGGCUCUCAACCAGCUCGAGGGCUUCACGUACAAGAUCAGGGACCUCCUGGAGGACGAGGCCUUCGUGGCUGUGUCCACCGAGACGGAGCGGACCAAGCUAGCCGAAAAGUCGAGCGCCGCCGGCGAGUGGCUCUACGAGGACGGGUCGGACGCCACCAAGGAUGAGUUCAAGGCCAAGCUCAAGGAGCUGCAGGACCUGGUCACGCCCAUCCAGAAGCGCAAGGACGAGGGCAGCCAGCGCCCGGAGCAGGUGAAGCAGCUCAAGGAAGUCCUGAGUCGGACGUCGGAGCUCGUGGGCAAGAUGCGCAAGAACAUUGACGACUACGAGGAGUGGCACGCCAAGACGGCUGCCGCCAGCGAGACCCCGGCUGCUUCAGACGACGACGCGCUGGAGGAUGACGCGGCCGCCGAUAAGGACGAGAGCGGACCUGUCCUUCCCGGUUACACGCGCGAGGACAUCAAGUCCCUCGAGGACAUCGCCAAGACGACGGAGCUCUGGCUCGAGGACCUGGAGGUCAAGCAGGACGCCCUCCCGGCCACGGCCAACCCCGUACUCCUUGUGCAGGAGAUCGUGACCAGGCGUCAGGAUAUCGAGCUGGCGACCAAGAACAUCGUCCUCAAGGGCGCGACAGCCAAGAAGAACAGCAGCAAGAAGUCGUCAUCUACCAAGGGAGGCAAGAGCAGCGGCAGCGGUAGCAAGAAGGGCAGCAGCAAGACUUCGAGUGCCAACCCUUCAGGUGAGACCAUCAAGGUCGGCGAUAGGACAUAUACCCCCGAGGAGCUGGAGGAGUGGAUCAACAACAUGACGGAAGACGACUGGAAGAAGGUGGAGGAGGAUGCUGCCAAGCAAAAGGCCCAGAACCAUGAUGAGCUAUGA